AUGCCUGAAAAUUACAGCAAUUACAUCACCAAACUCUACCGCAACGGUGACCCGGGCGCUAAAAGACCAGGUGUUACUGCCGAUUUUCGCGAUCUAGAGGAACAGGCCCGCCAUGCGCUAGGGGCGCGAGCUUUCAAUUAUAUCGCCGGAGGGGCCGGUGAAAAGUCCACUACGGACAGCAACCGGCUAGCAUUCCGACAAUGGAAAAUAAUUCCGAAAAUGAUGCGAGAUAAGAUGUCGGCGCAAGACAUCUCUGUCGAGCUUUUCGGUCAAAGCUAUGAUAACCCUGUGAUCAUGGCCCCUGUGGCGCUUGCCAGCUUCGAGACAGCUGCGCACUUCUUCCGCAAAGCCCACCGUUGGGCCCGGACCUCGGGCCCAAAGCCCAAGUUCGAACCCCCAGCCCAGACUGAGGAUGUUGACGUCGCCUAA